CCCGGUGGUCCAGCUCUUCUGGAUGCUGAGGUCCCACGGGAUAUAACUGUGGCCCCGAGGCCCGUCUUCGAAGGAGGUCUCCCGGGGUGGGUGUCCUUGAAGAUGGAAUCUCUGGAGAGGCUAGGGCUCUUUAUCAGGCUCCCUCAGAAAGAUACCCCGUGGUCUCCUGCUCUGUGUUCGUCUCUAAGAGGCUUGCCACGGCACUAGGUGGGGAGGGGCCUGAUCCCCCACCAGUAGGGUAAAUGGGAACAGACUGGCUGACCACUCCCGUAAGGGGGGCUCUGCUGGCGGAGGGAACGCUAGGCGGAUGAGGGAGAGACGGAGAGUCGGCAGCUUGUGGGCGGGGCCUAGCCAGAGGUGACGCCCGAGGCUCAGCCCAAUUUUCCGGGUGGGGCGAGAGGGGCGGCCGCGGAGGCGGGGCCUAGAGCGUGGAGGGAGCCUUGCCCUCCGCCCGAGCCUGGCGGGAUCUGCCGCCGCAGCCUGAACCGCAGCCGGAGCCGCUUGGAGCCGGAGCUGGAGCGCAGGCCCUGCCGGAGCCGAGCUGAGCCGAGCUCGCCGCUGGGCACCGGCCGGAACAGGGGCCCGCGUAUCAGCCCGCUUCAGGGCCUGGGCGCUAUCGGAGGCAGCGAGCCCCGACAACCAGCACCGCCCGGCUCAGGAGCCCGGAUCUCCCCUUCAGGCCUGCGUACAGCCUGAAAACGCAGGAGAGUCCCGGGGUUUGGACUGAAGAGAAAAAGGAGUAUUCCGUCUAAUCAUAGCGGGCACUAGGAGGGGAGAAGAGUGGAGACUUCGCCUGGCACAGGGCAGAGGUGCCCUGCACUUACUAGGCCAGGCUUGAGCACCAAAGAGCCUGGCAUCCUAGUAGAAGCGACCUGGGCUCUGCCCUGCCUGAGCCGGGAACGCAGCAUAGCUCCUGGACAGCCGCUGGCACAGGCCCAGCACAAGAAGCAGUGCCCUCACCUGUCAGAGACACGGUGGGAUCCGAGGACUCUGGAUCUGGCCCGACCCAGAGUGGGGCUCUCUGGUGACUCAGAGCUGGUCACUGGCGGGCCGGCCUCCUGCCCCAGCCCCACUGGUACGGAUGUGCCGCUGCCCGCCAGAACACCAUGACAGCAGGAUGACCUCAGCUGAGGUAGUGGCACUGGCUGGCGGGGCUCGGCUGGCCGGGUCCCCCGAGUGGCCCCCAGACACACCCCAGGCCCUGGGGCGGCCUGGCCGGGCCCGGGUGGCUGUGGCAGCACUGGUGUGGCUGCUGGCGGGAGCCAGCAUGUCAAGCCUCAACAAGUGGAUUUUCACAGUGCACGGCUUUGGGCGGCCCCUGCUGCUGUCUGCGCUGCACAUGCUGGCAGCCGCACUUGCAUGCCACCGGGGAGCCCAGCGCCCCAUGCCUGGCCGCACCCGCCGCCAGGUGCUGCUGCUCAGCCUCACCUUUGGUACCUCGAUGGCCUGUGGCAAUGUGGGCCUGAAUGCUGUGCCCCUGGACCUGGCACAGCUGGCCACCACCACCACGCCGCUGAUCACACUGACCCUGUCCGCACUGCUGCUCGGCCGCCGCCACCAUCCGCUGCAGUUCGCUGCCAUGGGCCCGCUCUGCCUGGGGGCUGCCUGCAGCCUGGCCGGGGAGCUCCGCACACCACCAGCUGGCUGUGGUUUCCUGCUGGUGGCCACCUGCCUCCGUGGCCUCAAGUCCGUUCAGCAGAGUGCCCUGCUGCAGGAAGAGCGGCUGGAUGCGGUGACCCUGCUAUACGCCACCUCGCUGCCCAGCUUCUGCCUGCUGGUGGGUGCGGCCCUGGUGCUGGAGGCUGGUGUGGCCCCGCCGCCUGCCCCCACCGACUCGCGCCUCUGGGCCUCACAUAACCUCUGCCACCUACCUGCCUCCACUGAAGGCCACCUGUUAAAAAACAUAAGGUCCCUGCCUGGGCUGGAGAGAGCUGAGGCCUAAUCCUGCUCUGCCCGCCUCACCAUGAACCUGGGUUUAGUCUGGAUCCUACAUGGAGGAGAAAUUGAAGGAGCUUGAGACAGGAGACUGAGAGACCAGGGAAGAACUAUUGUGGUCCACCGAGCAGAUGACAGCUGGGACAGUGUCUUGGGCGUAGUGCAGAGUACCAUCGGUUGUACUCAUUUGUGGAAACAGGUUAGCCCCAAACCUUAUGGCUUAGAGCAAUGAACAUAAACUAUCUCCAUUUUCUGUGGAUCAGACAUUUGGGAGCGGCUGAGUGGAAUGGUUCUGGCUUGGGGUCUCUCAUGAAGUUGUAGUCAAAUGUCAGCCAGGGCUGCAGUUGUACAAAGGCUUGACAGGGCUGGCAGGUCUCCUUCCAAGCUGAGUCAUCCACAUGGCUGUCAGCAGGAGGCUGCAGCUCCUUGCCGUGUGGGCCUUUCCACAGGGCCCCUUGAGUGUCCUCAUGACAUGGCAGUUGGUUUCCACCAGAGUGAGUGAUUCAAGAGAGCAAGAAGUCACAAUGGGCUUUUGGAUCCCGUUUCACAAGUCACACUCCUUUCGCUAAUAUCUUCAUUUAUUAUUUAAUUUGAAUUAUUGUCAUUUCUCUAAUGUCUUAUUGGUCCCAAGUCAACCCUAUUCAGUGUGUGUCCUCCCACCUUGACGACCAAGGGCAGGAACCAGGAGAGGAUGGUGAGGUCACCCCUGAGGCUGGCUACCAUAUCAGUGAAUGCUUGUGGAGUCAGUGAGGAGGACGCAGUCUGGGGCCGUGGGGAAUUAGUUCAGGAGCUUCCUGCUCCAGGGGGCAUCUUGUUAGCCACACUUCUGCAUCUCUCCUGACACAGCACCAUAGAGUCCUGGCCCAUAGCAGGCACUUGGCAAGUGCUUCUCUCAGUGAGGGCUGGAGGUUCCUCUCUCUGCUCCCAACUGCAGAUAAGGAGAAGACCUGGGCUCCUCGGUCUGGUAGGUGAAGCUGUGGAUCACUAGUGUUUCCAUGCCCACUCCCCAUGACCCUUCCAGCUCUAUCAGCCACCUCUGCUCCCUGGGAGUCUGAUGGAACCUUCCUAUAUCUAGGCCUCCUGCCCCCUCCUUACUGCCAUGAUACUCAAGUGCCCCUCCUGCCUUCUCUAAACACUGCCAGCAUCCCAGCUGGAUAGAUUCUGGCCCAGCAGUACCUGCUACCUGGGCUGGGCACUUCUCUUUCUACGUUUUUCUUUUUUAGGGCUUCACCUGUGGCAUAUGGAAGU